AUGGGAGCCCCGGUGAAGCUGACGGUGUCUCAGGGGCAGCCGGUGAAGCUCAACUGCAGCGUGGAGGGCAUGGAGGAGCCUGAGAUUCAGUGGGUGAAGGAUGGGGCUGUGGUUCAGAGUGUGGACCAGCUGUACAUUCCGGUCAGCGAGCAUCACUGGAUUGGCUUCCUCAGCCUGAAGUCGGUGGAGCGCUCUGAUGCAGGCCGGUAUUGGUGCCAGGUGGAGGAUGGGGGAGAAACAGAGAUAUCCCAGCCGGUGUGGCUCACGGUAGAAGGUGUGCCAUUUUUCACUGUGGAGCCAAAAGAUCUGGCAGUGCCACCCAAUGCCCCUUUCCAACUGUCUUGCGAGGCCGUGGGUCCCCCUGAACCCGUUACCAUCAUCUGGUGGAGAGGAGGCACCAAGGUUGGGGGACCCGCUCCCUCUCCCUCUGUUCUAAAUGUAACAGGGGUUACCCAGAGCACCGUGUUUACCUGCGAAGCUCACAACCUCAAAGGCCUGGCCUCUUCGCGCACAGCCACUGUUCGCCUUCAAGCACUGCCUGCAGCCCCCUUCAACGUCACAGUGACGAAGCUCUCCAGCAGCAAUGCUAGUGUGGCCUGGGUGCCAGGUGCUGACGGCCGCGCCCUGCUGCAAUCCUGUACAGUCCAGGUGACACAGGCCCCUGGAGGCUGGGAGGUCCUGGCUGUUGUGGUCCCUGUGCCACCCUUCACUUGCCUGCUCCGGGACCUGGCGCCUGCCACCAACUACAGCCUCAGGGUGCGCUGUGCCAAUGCCUUGGGGCCCUCUCCCUAUGCUGACUGGGUGCCCUUCCAGACAAAGGGUCUAGCCCCAGCCAGCGCUCCCCAAAACCUCCAUGCCAUCCACACAGACUCAGGCCUCAUCCUGGAAUGGGAAGAAGUGAUCCCUGAAGGCCCUUUGGAAGGGCCCCUGGGACCCUAUAAACUGUCCUGGGUUCAAGACAAUGGAACCCAGGACGAACUGACUGUGGAGGGGACCAGGGCCAAUUUGACAGACUGGGAUCCCCAGAAGGACCUGAUGGUGCGUGUGUGCGUCUGCAGUGCUGUUGGCUGUGGGCCUUGGAGUCAGCCUCUGGUGAUCUCUUCUCACGACCAUGCAGGCCAGCAGGGUCCUCCCCACAGCCGCACAUCCUGGGUGCCUGUGGUUCUGGGUGUGCUCACAGCCCUCGUGACGGCUGCCGCUCUGGCCCUCAUUCUGCUUAGAAAGAGGCGGAAGGAGACACGGUUUGGACAAGCCUUUGACAGUGUCAUGGCCCGGGGGGAGCCAGCUGUUCACUUCCGGGCAGCCCGGUCUUUCAAUCGAGAAAGGCCUGAGCGCAUCGAGGCCACACUGGACAGCUUGGGCAUCAGCGAUGAGCUAAAGGACAAAUUGCAGGAUGUGCUCAUCCCCGAACAGCAGUUCACCCUGGGCCGGAUGUUGGGCAAAGGAGAGUUUGGUUCAGUGCGGGAGGCCCAGCUGAAGCAGGAAGACGGCUCCUUUGUGAAAGUGGCUGUGAAGAUGCUGAAAGCUGACAUCAUUGCCUCAAGCGACAUCGAAGAGUUCCUCAGGGAAGCAGCUUGCAUGAAGGAGUUUGACCAUCCACACGUGGCCAAGCUUGUUGGGGUGAGCCUCCGGAGCAGGGCCAAAGGCCGUCUCCCCAUCCCCAUGGUAAUCCUGCCCUUCAUGAAGCAUGGGGACCUGCACGCCUUCCUGCUUGCCUCCAGGAUGGGGGAGAACCCCUUUCAUCUGCCCCUCCAGAUCCUGAUCCGGUUCAUGGUGGACAUUGCCUGUGGCAUGGAGUACCUGAGCUCUCGGAACUUCAUCCACAGAGACCUGGCUGCUCGGAAUUGCAUGCUGGCAGAGGACAUGACGGUGUGUGUGGCCGACUUUGGACUCUCGCGGAAGAUCUAUAGUGGGGACUACUAUCGCCAGGGCUGUGCCUCUAAACUACCCGUCAAGUGGCUGGCCCUGGAGAGCCUGGCUGACAACCUGUAUACUGUGCACAGUGACGUGUGGGCCUUCGGAGUGACCAUGUGGGAGAUCAUGACUCGUGGGCAGACGCCAUAUGCUGGCAUCGAAAAUGCUGAGAUUUACAACUACCUCAUCAGCGGGAACCGCCUGAAACAGCCUCCGGAGUGUAUGGAGGACGUGUAUGAGCUCAUGUACCAGUGCUGGAGUGCCGACCCUAAGCAGCGUCCGAGCUUCACAUGCCUACGCAUGGAACUGGAGAACAUCCUGGGCCAGCUGUCUGUGCUGUCCAGCAGCCGGGACCCUUUGUACAUCAACAUUGAGAGAGCCGAGGAGUCUCCCGAUGGGGGCAGCCUGGAGCUGCCUAGCGGGGAUCAGCCCAGUGGUGGGGCAGGGGAGGGCAGUGGCUUGGGGGCAGUGGGGGGCACCCCCAGUGACUAUCGGUACAUCCUCAGCCCUGGAGGGCUAGCUGAGCGGCCUGCGCAGCCAGAGCAGCAGCCUGAGAGCCCCCUCAACGUCCUGCUGCUGCAGCAAGGGCUACUGCCCCACAGUAGCUGUUAGCCCACAGGCAGAGGGCACCUGAGGCCAUCCGAGGCCAUCCGCUGGCCCUGCAGGCGGCCGUGCUGGCUGACUAAGCCCCAUCUGACUCCAGCCCAGGCAGCAAGGUGUGGAGGCUCCUGUGGUAGUCCUCCCAAGCUGUGCUGGGAAGCCUGAACUGUCCAAAUUGCCCAAUCCCAGUUCUUCCUGCAACCACUCUGUGGCCAGCCUGGCAUCAGUUCAGGCCUUGGCUUGGUGGAAAUGGGCCAGGCCUGGUUGUCUGAACCCAGGCAGCUGGUAGGAGGAGGGUGGUAGUUAUGUUUCCAUGGUUACCAUGGGUGUGGAUGGCAGUGGGAGGAGGGUAGAUGCAGUCCUGUGGGCCCCUACCCUCCCGGCUGAGCUGCCUCUGUUGCUUUAGCGCAUGCAUUGAGCCGCCUCCAGCCUGGGGGCCCAGCUGUGCACACGCUUGAGGUCGAAAUGCCCGGGUUUGCCCCUGUGAGUCACGGAGAUGCCCUCGUGUUAUUCCCUUUUAGGUGAGCAUUGGUACAGGGUUGAUUCAGUCAGGUCUCAAACCCUGUGGUUUUGGAGGAGGCAGUGGGACACUCUCAGGUCUGAAUUGUCCUCACCUUCCUGACUCCUCGCCCUGUGUAGGUCAGGAGGAGGAGGGCGGGGCCCUUCCCAGAAACGACCAGGUCACACCAAGGCAUGUUGGAGUACGAGCUACCAGGUGCCUGUGUUCUAAAGGCAACGCGCUGAGCCUGGAGAGGAGGGUGCUGUGGGGCUCGCCUGGGAACUAGUGAGGCAGGAGAGGAGUUUAGGAGCCCCUCUCCAUGCCCCCCCACAGUCUGUCUAAGCAUGCUACCAAAUCCCAAACUAUCUUAAGACUAACAAAGGCAGCUGUGUCUGAACCCAACCUUCCCAUGCAGUGACCCAGAGUCCCGACUUCCCUCCAACUGGAGACCCACUUCUGUCCCGUCUCCAGAGAGAAAAUAUUGAAUAGGUCUGAUGGAUGGUGUGGGUGAGGGGAAGUUUCUGGAACCCCGCCAGGGGGAGCCUCCUGGAAUGCAUGGGGCAGGCCCUUGCUGUUAGGGACAUUUUCAAGCUGUUAGUUGCUGUUUAAAAACAGAAAUAAAAUUGAAGACUAAAGAC